GCUCAUUGUGAAACGAUAUUCUGGUUUGACCACACGUGUCUUAAUAGGAAUCUUGUAACGUUGAGUUAUCGUAUUGCGAUUAGAAAUAUUGAAAACGUUUUAAUCAAAGAGUGUCAACGUUACAACCAUGAAAACUUCAAUAUAUUUAUUUAUGUUAAUCUUUGGUUCGGCGCUGGGUGAUUUAGCUGGCGAAUGUGACUUGGCUGGUUAUUACAUGGAGCUAGGCUGCACCGCGCUACCUAAAGCAAAUAACACAACGAUUUGUCCGGAAGCGUUUUUGUGCCCCGAUCUCCACCCAAAUCCUAACAUGUGUUUUUAUAGAGGAACACCGUACGCUGACAGGUCAAUGAUCCCUCAAAACCUGAUCAACAAUCCGUGUUCCCAAGCGUGCAGUUGCAGCGUUACCGCAGGGCCGCAAUUCGACUGCGCUGCUGUAGACUGUGUCGAGACCUUCGACUCUGAUAUGCAGCAAGAAUGCAUCAAUACUUACGAACUGGACUCUUGUUGCAGUACGGGUACUGUUUGCGGUAAAGAUGCAAUCGCUAGUUUGAAAACUUGCGAAGUUGACGGACAAACGUAUAAAGAAGGACAGCCGUUCGAGCCAGCCAACACUCGCAAGUCUUGUAUCUGCACGGCCCAGUGGAACGGCUCUUACGACGAUCCAUCCAGUUGCAGGGAUAUCAACUGCGGUUUGGAAAUACAUUACCAAGAUAAAAUUUUUGAAAACUGCGCCCCUGUCUUCAUUGGUAACAUGAAGAGUUGCCCCAUUGCCUUCCAAUGUCCAACCGACACAUCGAAAGUCAUUCGCGGUCUUAAUCUCAAAAGUGUCAACGCACAGUGUUCCUUCGGGAACAUGACUCUCAGUGUAGGCGACGAAGUAACAGUCGACGAGAAAUGUACCAAGUGUUCCUGUGACAAGCCGCCUUUCGUUUCUUGUGUGAGGAAGAAUUCGUGUGACGAAUAACCUUUGCCUAAUAAAUGACUGAUAUUUAAAUACAUUCCAUAUAAAUUAAUAUUGUCUUUUUUAAUAAAUAUAUUAGAAGGCUCUGUAAAUAAAUUAACUAACAUUGAUCGCAAUUAAAUACAAUUGAAUAUUUAAUAUAAAAAUAAUUGCAACUAAGUAUGAAUAAAAUUUGUUUAUUACUGAUUAAACAUUACAAAAGUAAAAAUAAAAUUACUGUUUUAUAUAUUUACGGCUACAGUACUUAUAUAAAAUAAUACUAGUUUAAUAUAUUUGGCGAGGUACGACUCUUAUUAGGCUAAGAUCUAAAUAAAAAAGGAAUAUUUACAAUUAUGUACAAAGCACACAGCCUAGGAGGACCUUUGUAAAUUAUUCUAAAAUGUUGUGACGACUUAGAACGAAUUAUACAAUGUUAAGUACUAACUAAGUACAAUGUUAUGCUAAAAUUAUUGUUAAUUAAUAAUUAUAGAAAUUAAAAUAUUAAA